AUUACAUUAGUAGCCCACAAUAAUACUCUUACAAAACUAAAACAGUCCAACUUUUUAUUUUCUCUCUCCUCUGAAUUUCAAUUUUUCAUCUUCUUCUUCUUUCAAUUUUUACCAUUUUCUGAAUUUUCUCUCUCCUCCCCGUUUAUUUAGCGUGAAUUGUACCCAUUUCGACAUUCCCCCACUUUUUAUUCUUUCUCCUUUUGGCGGGACCUUUUGAAUUCCUUUUUCCCUAAAAUUGUGCUCACAGUAUUCUUCAAAACCCUAAUCCCCCUUUUAAUUUUCCCUCUUUCGAUUUGAAGAUGGAAGAAAAAGGUGAAAUUGAGGUAAAAGUAGAAGCAAAUUCGGGGGGAAAUGAUGUUGAUAAUAGUAGUAAUAAUGAUAAUAAGAAUGAUGAAAAACAGAGUAAGGAAAUUCCGACGGAUAAGGAACGAUGUGAGAGAAAUGACGGAAAGUCAUGGAGGUGUAAGAACCCUAAAAUUAACAGCUCAAAUAUGUGCGAGAAACAUAGGUCGUCUCCUUCAGCGAAGAAUAUUAGUAAGAAUUAUGAUGAGAAGAAUGUUAAAUCUGAAGAAGAUGAUGAAAUUAGUAAAAUUUCUAGUUUAGAGGUGUAUGAGAGGGAAAAGGGUGAAAAAGAGGAAGAAGAAAUUGGGGAGAAAAGCCCAGAAAAAGUAGGAGUGGAGGAGAGAGAAAAUGAAGGUUCUAAGAAAAGGGGUAGGAAAGCUAAAGUGAAAGGUGAUGAAUUUGAGAAGAAUGGUAAAGGAAUUGGUGGUAAUGAGGGUAAGAUUGUGAGUUUAAGGCCGAAGCGAGAAUCGGGGAAGGCGAAAGCAUUGACUGAAGAUGAGGAAGUGAGACAGUAUUUUGAGCAAGAUGAAGAAGAAGAGAAACAGAGGAGUAGGAAGAGGAAAAAGAGGAAAAGUGUACAAGUGAAAGAAGGUGGUGGUGUUGAUGAUGUUAAUAAAAGUGUUGGAAAGAAGACAAGGAAGAAAAAAAUAGAGAAGAGCACACCAGGUGUUUGUGAAAAUGCUGCUGAGGGAAAUGAAAACGAACACGAAAACGAAAAAGAAAACGGGGUUUCUUCAGGAAGGGCAAGGAGGUCUUGUAGGGAAAAUAAGAAAGUUGUUGGGGUUAUUCAGGAGAAAAAAUUGAAGUCACAUGAUGAUGCUUAUGAUGAGAAUGGGAUUAAGAUUGAUUCAGAUAUGUGUCAUCAGUGCCAGAGGAAUGACAAGGGAAGAGUUGUGAGGUGCACUAAGUGCAAGACUAAGCGGUUUUGCAUUCCCUGCAUAGGAAAUUGGUAUCCACGAAUGACAGAGGAGCAGAUCGCUCAGGCUUGCCCAGUUUGCCUUCGUAACUGCAAUUGCAAGUCAUGCUUGCGGAUGGAGGGACCUAUAAAGAAUCAGAUGAAGGAUGAUUUUAAAGUUAGCUAUGAGGAAAAGAUUGAACAUUCCAAGAACCAGCUGAUGAUGUUACUCCCCUUUCUAAAGCAAUUUCACCAGGAACAAAUCACAGAAAAGGAAAUAGAGGCCAAGAUUCAGGGUCUGUCAAUAUCCGAAGUUCAGGUCCAAAUGGCAUCUGUCAGUACAAAUGAGCGCGUAUACUGUGAUAACUGCAAAACAUCAAUUGUUGAUUUCCACAGAAGCUGCCCACAGUGUGCAUUUGAUUUGUGUCUCACUUGCUGCCGUGACGUUCGUGCCGGACAGCUGCAGGGUUGUGAAAAGGUAGAAUUGGAAUAUGUUGACAGGGGUUUCAAAUACCUGCACGGUGAAGAGCCUUCUACAGAGGCUGCUUCAUCUCAUGGGAGAAAAACUAGAAGUACAAAAACUGAUGUCCAAUCAGAGAAAAGUACUACUAAGGGAAUAGAUGCUCCUGCUCCUGGAGGCAAUUCCUUACAGCUUGAUAAUAAAAUGGGAAUUCCGGUCUGGAAAGCAGAUGAUAAUGGUAGUAUAAGCUGUCCCCCCCCAGAAUAUGGGGGUUGUUGUGGUGCAAUACUUCAAUUAAACUCUAUCCUGUCAGAUGGUUGGGUCUCAAACUUGGUGAAGGAAGCAGAAGAGGUAGUAGCAACAUGGGAACAUAAGAUUUCACCCCAUCCUCGUAAUGAGUGCUCAUGUUCUAAUUUUACACAUGAUGGUGCUGCUGCCAGUAUUUUGCGGAAGUGUGCUUCAAGAGAAGGGUCCAAUGACAAUUAUUUGUAUUGUCCAGAUGCCAAGGAUAUCGAACAUGAAGAUCUAAAACACUUUCAGUGCCACUGGUCCCGAGGAGAACCAGUGAUUGUCAGGGGGGUUCUUGAAACUACCCCUGGACUAAGUUGGGAACCUAUGGUCAUGUGGCGUGCUGUUCGUCAGAUUAAAAACACCAAACAUUCCACGAUAUUGGAUGUGAAAGCUAUUGAUUGCUUGGAUUGGUGUGAGGUUGAUGUCAAUGUUCAUCAAUUUUUUAAAGGAUAUACACAGUGUCAAUUUGAUCAGUCUGCGUGGCCUGUGAUAUUGAAAUUAAAAGAUUGGCCACAUACUAGUAAAUUUGAAAAGCAUUUGCCUCGUCAUGGUGCUGAAUUUAUUCGUGCAUUGCCGUUUAAGGAGUACACACAUCCUCGGGAAGGAGUGUUGAACCUGGCUACCCAAUUGCCUAAAGGAACUCUGAUGCCAGACAUGGGCCCAAAGACCUACAUUGCUUAUGGUCUUUCUGAAGAAUUGGGUCGUGGAGACUCUGUUACGAAGCUUCAUUGUGAUAUGUCUGAUGCGGUCAAUAUUUUGGCACAUACUGCAGAAGUUGAUGUGCCUGGUAAAAAUCGUAGUGCUAUUUCCAAAUUGAAAAAGCAGCAUUUUGCUCAGGACCUAAAGGAAAUCUUUGGUGUUGAACCCAAAGACUCUAAGAGGGAAUUUGAGCCGUCAAUGAAGGGAGAGGGUUCCACAGAUUCUGAAGUAGAACAAACUCUUGAUGGACAGGCUGUGGCUAGUCAUUUGAAGAGCGAUGACCCUGAUUGCUCCUUCCAGCAUGGCACUGAUGCUGGUGAAUUAUCAGCAUCUAUAAAUUCAGGUACUGAUGGGCUUGACAAGUUUGAGGUAAAGAAACAUCACAAUGAUAGCAGCAUGGUAGAAGAAACAACUGAAUGUAUGGACAAAAAGGAUUUGGUUGAAAGCAAUGAGCUUCCUUGUGAUCAAUAUGAUGUCGGCCUGGAUGUAAAAGAAAUUGAUAUGGUUGAAGUAAUCCCACAUGUUAGGAAUGGUGGUGUUGACUGCAAUGACCUUAAUUCUAAAGAAGCUGUGGCCUGUGAAAGCAUGGAAAUGGAUGUUGAUUUGCCUUUAACUGCAGAUAAAAGUACUAAUGUCGCUGCUGAACAUAAGAACACUCUGAGGAGUGGGGCUGGCAAGAGAGGUAGGAGGCGAACCAAAAAUUCGAGAAGUUGUCAAAACAAGACGGAGUUGUCCAAGCUUUCUAUUGAAGGGGAAAGCUGUGGUUUUGGACAAGUAUUAGAUGGUCUUUGUAAUAAUGAUGCUGCACCCAACAAUAAGUCAUCAAAUAACAAUGGUUUGAGUGAGUGCACUUUUGCUCCUAAAGCCAAGGCACAUGCUGUCAGUGUAAAUUCGGCUUCAAUUGUUCUAGAUGCUCAGGUAGGCCAAGUAGAUCCUGAUAAGGACAGGGGUAAGAAAUCUUCACCUCCUUCCUUCCAGAACUCGGACGGCUCAGAACCUCAUAGUGGAGGUGCUCUUUGGGACAUUUUCCGGAGAGAAGAUGUCCCUAAGCUACAAGAAUAUUUGAGGGGACAUUAUCAGGAAUUCAGGCAUAUUCAUUGCAAUCCACUGAAGCAGGUCUUUCAUCCUAUUCACGAUCAGACAUUCUAUCUAACCGAGGAGCAUAAAAGGAAGCUGAAGGAAGAGUAUGGAAUCGAGGCGUGGACAUUUGUUCAAAAUCUUGGAGAAGCAGUCUUUAUUCCAACUGGCUGUCCACAUCAAGUUAGAAACUUGAAGUCAUGCAUAAAAGUGGCGCUUGAUUUUGUGUCUCCCGAGAAUGUUGGGGAGUGUAUCCGUCUAGCUGGGGAGUUUCGGAUUCUGCCUCAAAACCACAAGGCCAAGGAGGAUAAGUUGGAGGUGAAGAAAAUGACUCUUCAUGGUGUGAACCAGGCUAUCAUAAAUUUGAGGUCCAAGAAGGAAGAUGAUAGGCAGGAGGCAGAUGAUAAGCAGGAGGCAGAUGAAGAUACGGCUGAUUCUGAGACCGAGCUUCGGUCAGAUGCCGAGUCAGGUGGCGAGGAAUAUUAGUAUACAUGUCUGCAUUUUGAGGAAAUAUUUGAUCCUUUUAAGUUUUAACCAUCUGACAAAAGGCUGUUAUUUUGUAAUACUAAUAUAAGCAGCUGGGAAAUCCUGUGGAAUUAGUCUACUAAUUGUGUUAGUAAGCCUGACAGAAGAUUCAGGCCAUUUUGUGAAACUGAUUGUACAUAUUCUAAUCUCAUAGUCAUCAGUGGAAAACUUCAUUUUCUUGUCAACUCACUAUUAUAUCAAGAAUGGAAGCAUAAUAUGAUGUAAUUUCA